AUGACAAGUAAGCAAACACACCAGCAAAGUGCACCAUUUUCUAAGUUUUUCAGGUGUCCUUCCACAUAGAAAGAUAUUGGUGCAAGUUCCAAUUGCAAAAGGCUCUUCUACUCCCCAAAGUGCGUUGGUUUAACAUUGUUACGAUCUACUUUCCACUUUUCAGCAAAACCUCAUCCACCAAUUUUUCUCCAAGGAAAUGCAAUUCUCACAUCUUCAUCCCGUCCAAGAGUUCUCGUCAAAAGAGAGGAGAAAAAACCAAUGUUACUUUCGACUCCAAUUGGAACAGUUAUCGAAGCAAAACCGUCCAUCACAAGCAUUCUGCAGAAAACACAACUGCUCUCAAGACCCAAAACGGUUCAGUAUGCGGACCCAAUUUCGAGAGUGCGACCAGGAGACGACAGCGAUGAUUCCGAAAGCAAUGAGUGUUACGUGGUUGAUCGGAAGACUGGAAUGCACAUUCUGAUUGACGACUACCUUCGGCUCCGAGAGAUCAGGAAAGCGAACAAAUUGAACAUGCAGAAGAUGGAAUCAAAAGUUCCAGUGCAAGCAAGCAUUGUGCAGGAUUCAAGAGGAAAAGUUAUGCUAAAACGGAAACUGCUCCCUGAACCGUCGAAAGAGGUCAAAACGUCAAUAACCAUUAAGAAAGCACUCAAGCCGUUAUUUCCUUUCACUCUGAAGAAGAAACCAGAGGGUACCGAAAUGCGGAGACCUGCUCUUGCAACAACGAAUGCGGGAAAAGCACAAAUUAAGACGGAAUCCAAAGCAAUGCUGGUCACUGUGGCAACUACGGAUAACUUUGCCACUCCGGUUAGUGUGGUCAAUUGUUUUUCGUUCCAAUCAAUGGUCUGUUUUCAGGUUCUUCCAUUCCGCCGCUUUGUUAAAAGAAGAAAAAUCGGUGAGUGACUGAUUCAGUUAUUUGCCUAAUAAUAUGAUACAGAGAAAACAUAAGUUCAUUUAUGUGGGUUUAAGCGGAUUAUGAAGUUUACAUUGUUAGUGGUCUGUUCCAAAAGUGAAAAUGCGCGAUUUUUGAAACUUGUAUUAAGCAGACAAAACUGAGAAAUUGAACAUUUCGACCCAUUUUGAAGCUUUGUAUGAACUCCAAAACAAACGUGGGAUUAUCUUGUGCCUAGACAAACACUGGAAUGUCGUACUUGAUAGAAGGUGGCGAAAAGCAACAAGUUGUGUAGAAUAGUCAACACAUCGAGGCGAGACAAGGUGGCCCUCUUGUACAUAUAUUUAUUGAAGUGACGAGAAGGGCGCAGGAUUUGCUAUUAUACUUUUUCGACACAAAACGUCUGUCAUGUCCUUUUCAUGCAUCGAUGCAUCAUCCUUCGGAAGUUAGUAACGUGUGAGGACGACGGUCAGACUGUUCUAUGUUGAACAUGAAAAUUUUUGUUUUGCUUUCCUUCUAAAAAAGUGUUCCUCAUGUGUGACUCAACAUUUUGAUCGAAUUCUCAUUUGUAUCGAUUGUGACUGUACACCCUUCUUUUGUACAACAGCCCUCCCUCGGAACUGUUUGCUUUCAUCCUCUUUCUUAUUAUCUUGUCGGUAGGCGAAUACAAGAACACUUUUCUUUUAUGCUAUGGACUCAUUACGCAGAUUCGUCCAUCACUCCCUCUUUUCUGCCCUGUCCGUUUACUUUUUAAUAGUAUAGCGCCUGCUCUCCCAAACUUCAACGCUGCUCCAUCCCGUUGUGUACUUUUUCGCGACAAUCUUUACCGGUUUUUUUAUUGCCAUGUUCCCGACAGAAGGGGCAGAGAAAUUCGAAAAAUUACAUGGUGUUUGCCAAUACGCACUGCUUUUUCUGGCUUUUGACGACUGUUUCGUUGUUUCCGCAAGUGUUCUUCCGUUCCAAAGCGAGAAAAUAAGUGUUGUUUCUUUGAGGUUUUGCUGAAGACUGUUUUGUUUCACAACAAUUAGUAGUGAAUUGAUUUGCGCAUUUUUGCUAACUUUGCGCAGAAUAACAGUGGGUUUGGGCUGCUGAAAAGGACCUACCGGCAUUAGGAAAGAUUUUUAGACCCAUGUCCAUUUACCAACUUGAAAAUCAGUUUUCAUCCAAAGUUUUUGCAAAUUGUCAAACUUUUCCUCCACCUCUGUUCUGAUAUCCGUGCUCAAGCAAUUUACUCGUCAUCCUUUCGCCACAAACAAUUGGCCUCCCCGAUUUCCCUCUUUCCUUUCCUACCUACUCCUCCGCAAAUCAAAUGAUGAUGAUGAUAGAAGGGGCAGGAAAGAGCCCCCCGAACAUAAGGUCCGAACAGUUGUGAGUGGCGGUGGUAGUGAUGAGGGUCCCGUCGGCUAAAUGAGCAAAUACCUUCCCGACAUAUGCCAACGCGAUUCGCAUUACGUUUGUCGCUUCUCUUUCUAACACGAAGAAAAUUGAUGAAACGUGGGUGGGGGAUGGAAACCGAAGACGAAGACGGACGAGGCGGCAAUGAUGAGAUCAUACACCGUGUCUGCAUAUUGAACAACGGAUGUAGGACGACAGCGGUGCACUGAUUUUAUCGUUUUCUCGGAAAUUUUUUCGAAUAAUAUUACUAAAAAACGACUGAGAUUGAAUCUGAAUCGAGGCCUCCAAAACCCCGCAUCGUGAUAUCAUCUGUGUGGACGAACUAGUACUUGAGAAGUACAAUAGGUUAAUUUGUCAAACACUUUCUCAAGUAGCGCGGCACUAUAUCCCGCUUUUGCCCACUUUGCAACCUAUCCGCCUCGUAUUUGAUAGGGAUAGUAAGUUUGGGGGGUUGGGUGGGGGAUCGUGGAUCGGUAUAGUAUACUGAAAUUUUAUUUGUCAAGAGUGAGAGAGUGAGCGGUUUCUUGACUGCUUUUCGUUCGUUUCCUCCUACCACUAGGGAGACUCACUGUUUGUCAACUUGAGCUAUUAAAAAAGAUACUGCUGAGAUAAGUGCCGAUGCGAUUUGAUUUCGAUGCUCAAUCAUAUCCCGCCCCGCGAAAACUCAUUUCUGCUCGAAGACUUGCACGUAUGUCGAAAAAUUGCGAUUCCUCGUUUUUUUUCUGAUUUCCAAUCUGUGAUUUUGAAUGUGUUCGUGCCAGAUGUUCGUAGCAGAUCACAUCAUGAGUUUGGCGGUUUUCAUGGGUUCGAACGAACAUGUGUUUCCGAUCUGAUACCCUAAGAUACGGAAAACAAGGGAAGUACAUUAUCUGAAACUCGUCCCUCUUCCCACAUAGUCUUUGUUUUUUCUGUUCGGUUCUUCUCGGCGGACCUGUUGCUCGGCGAGCUCAUUCAUCCAUCGCAGUGGUCGGUUCGGCUAGCUGCCCUUCCUUCCUCAUCCGCCCACGCAGUAAACUUGCAGAUCGAUAGGUGAUCAGGCAACAGACGCUCACACUCAGAAAGACGAAAUUCUGUUGAUAAUCAGUGAUAGCUUCUAUCUUUUUACUUUUUUCCGUUUUCUCUGGUCCAUCAAUCGGAGCCAUCGUAUCUCGGGGCGCGUCCCGCGGGGGCGCGCUCCUGCCGAUCCCCCCACGGCUAGUACACAGUGAGGAGUAGAGCAGGAAGAGAGAGAAAGAGAGAGAGAGAGGGAAAGCGCGCCGAUUUUUGUGUAACGCCCCGAAGCGCCUCUUGUCACACUGUGCAGCAGCGCAGCGGUGGCGGAUUCCCGCUAGUGCCGCGGCGGGGUGCUCCCGAGCUGCUCCUACUCGUGCGGCGGCUGCCAUCGGCUCAGCUCGAUCCUCACUCCUCAUAUCCAUCUCAUCCGGGAAGUCCGGGACACUCUUUCUCUCUUCGCCGUUGCGGGGAUAACUCGCUAUCACUCACGUUUGCAUUAGGCCCACCUUGACCCUUGGUUCAGAGCAUUUUGACUCUUAGUCCAUCGCCCCACUUAUGGUAUGAGUGUUCACUUGUCCACCCUUGAGCAUUCCUUUUUUGCUUUCCGUUCCGUUUUUUUUCUCUUGUUGCUUCUUUGUUUAUCGCAUUGUUGCAAUCGAGAACGAGGCGAACAAAACGAAUAAAAACAAUAAUAAUGCAACAACACCCAUCCUUUUUGUGUUCUGUUCAGUUCCGUGCAGAGUUUCUUGACAGUCAAAUUUUCAGAGAUAAUGCCAGACGGAAAGGCCCCGCACUUCCCGCAACAGCCGGUGGCUCGCCAAAACGACGACGGCUCCCUUGAGCUUGAAUGCUUCGUCGACGCCAACCCGACCCCACAAGUCAAGUGGUACUAUGACAACGUAAGUUACAAAAUGUCCCUGAGUUUGACGAAGAAUUACGGUAGAUUGAGCGAUUUUUUAAUACAAGUUGAACGGUUUCACGAUUUUCAUUUCAAUUUCCACUUUACACCUUUUAAAAGCACAGCGUUUCACCUACUCGCGUAGUAAACAUUUAUAAAACAUAUUGAGUAUUGUUUUAAACUUUUCGAUAAAGAAAUGUAGGAAGAUGACUCAUUAAUACAAAAGCACCGCCAUGACUAAAACAACCUUUUUCAAUUUUCAGAAGGAGGUCGAGAACUCCGGACGCUUCAGCGCCAACCUCGCCAACAAGGGAAGCGACAGCUACUCCGCCAUCCUUACCAUCAAGGUAAUCAACAACCCAACUUCGGACCUCCCCAGUUGGUCCCAUUUGUCAACUAGUGUUUUAUGCGUUGUGUGGAAGUGAACUGAACUGCGGGGGACAUCCCUUGUCUCUCUCAUUCGUUGAAGCCAUCUGCCUAUGCUCUGAGACGUGUGUAAAGUCGACGUCCAUUCCGUUACACACUCUAGUCGUGACGAAUCAUCUCCAGCAAACGAGCAAGAUCACUAAACCCAAUGAUUAUGGGAAACAUUGAAGUGUUAAUGUGGACACAAAAACACAUUUGUUUGGUUUUCAGGAGCUCGCUGACGCCGAUGCCGGAGCAUACAGAUGCGCCAUCGUCAACCCGCACGGAAAGGGAAAUGCCAACUUCAACUUGAAGCUGACUGGUUCGUGGGAACUAACACUCUAUCAGUAAAGUUACUAUUUUUUAGGAUUCUCUUCCCCAACUUUCGUUGAGAAGCCACAAAUCUCGUCGAGAGAUGACGGACAGGUCAUGGUGAUGGAGUUCCGCGCCAAGUCCAUCCUUGAGCCAACCUUUGUGUGGCAGAAGCUUGUUGGAGGAGGAGCUGAGGAGAUCAUCGCCAACUCUGACCGCAUAAAGGCGGUGAAGAAGCUCGAAGCCGGAAACGUGUACUACUCGGCUCUUGAGAUUAAGGAGCCGACCAAGGACAAGGACGCCGGACAGUUCAUCUGCACAGUCAAGAACGAGUCCGGAAAGCUGACCGCCACGUUCACUGUCAAGUUCGAGGUGCCAGAGGGAGCCCCGUCUUUCACCAGAAAGCCACAAAUCCUCCAACAAACGUCGGCCGGAGGCGAGCCAGCUAUUUGCUUCGACAUUGGAUACUCGGCGAGAUUGAACCCACAAGUCACCUGGAUCUCGCCAAAGUCCAAGAAGAUGAAGGAGUCCUCCCGCAUCAAGUUCAAGACCAACGACGAGGGAAAUGGAAACUUCACCGCCCAGUUGGAACUCACCGUAAGUGAUUUAUUUGUAAGAAUCUGGCAGAGAUGGUGGAUGAUUUCAGAACUACAAAGCCAAGGAUUCGGGUACCUACACUUGCAACAUCAAGAAUGACGCCGGAGAAGCCAACGUCGAGCUGACGCUGAACAUCGAGGGACCGCUCGAUGACUACGCCGAUGACAGCGAGAACUAA